AUGUCCUCUCUGCCUGACAAUACCGAACUUCGUCAGCGUCUUGCCGGCUUAUACCUUGGUGAUGCCAAUAUUGCGUCUAAGGCUGUCUGGGUUUAUGCAAAGGCUCGACGCUGUCACGUCCUCUGCCUUCAUGGCGUCAAUAAGACCACUCUCAAUCCCACACCUGUGGUGCUUCAUGGAAUCUUCACCUUGGCCCGACACCCAUUCAAGCUAGUUCCUGAUGGCGGUUUUCUCGAGUCUACUGCCGAACUAUACUUUGGUCACACACCCCUUCACGAGGCAAUGGCAAGAACAAAUGCUUGGGCGCGGCUGGAGAAAGUUCAUGACAAGGACCUUCUUGGAUACAAUGACUUUUCGCAGUACAUCAAGAACCUCAAGGGCUUUGAGAGUUUAAUGCAUGCCGGUGAUUCGCUGCAACACUCGUUGGUCAAUGACGAAGGUGCAACUGGCCCGCAGGUCAAAGUCAUUCAUAGGAUGUUCGAGUCCUGCUGGGAUACGAUUCGUGUGACAACAACACCUCAGCAAGAUAUUGAAGCCAAGUUGAAGAUGCGGUACAAGCUUACCCCUGGGGAUCACCCUGUUGCUGUGAGAUUGGCUAACAGUAAAAGCCCUUCCUGCAGCGGAACAGUAACACCAUUAGAUGAUCCACGUAAGAGCCUUUCCUGCAGCGAAACGGCGAACGCUUUGGGUGAACCACCAAACCUUGAGUCAGUCAUGCUACAGACGGAGCGUAUGACACCACCAACAGAGCCCAGCACACCAGAAAACAAAGCCAAAGCAUUACCGGAAUUGGGUGGAUACGAUGAUAGCAGCGAUGAUGAAUCGGUCCAUGGCUUCUUGGGGCCCGAGUUUGGUUUGGAACACUGGCCAGUGGCGCCAGAAAACAUUGACCUCCGAGACAAGAUGUUCGAGGAGAAAAGAUGGCAGACGAAUCCUCUUCGCGCAUAUCGUGAAGGAAUUGAAGGAGUUAUUGCUCCUUCGGAGUAUGCAACUGCGCUUCCAGGGGCCACUGUACAAAUGUCUUUUACACUUGCGUGCCACUUGAUAGGAUCUCGCACCGGGAAGAAAACAACUUUCUCCGCACGUGUUGAAGAGAUAAUAAUCCUCAAAAAACCAGCCACUCUUGUCAGUAAUCGUACAGAUUCUGGAUCGCCAUCUAAGCGGCUGUUCUCCGGACCAUCCUUCUCUCCCACGAAGCGACGGAAGCUUGAGAAAUAG